AUGAGUUGCCUGUUGAAGAAAAGGAAGAACUAUUGGUUUGUAUUUCUAUUCCAUUUGAUUUUAAUUUUUAGAUUCAGCUUUUUCACAGAUGCAAUUUUGGACCCGGUUGAUUUCCUGGCCCUGCAAUCGAUUCGAAAGAGCUUGGAUGAUUUGCCUGGGUCGAAUUAUUUCGCUUCAUGGGAUUUCACUUCGGAGCCGUGCAGUUUUGCGGGUGUGUAUUGUGAUGGAGGUAAAGUGGUUGCCUUAAAUCUCGGCGAUUCUCGGGCUGGGUCACCGGGUAUAACUGGCCAGAUAGACCCAAUGAUCGGAAAAUUGUCGGGUCUCGCAGAGUUAACCAUAGUCCCUGGUCGGGUCAAUGGGUCUCUGCCUCGAACCCUGUUUCAGUUGAAGAACCUCAGGUUUCUUGCAAUAAGCCGGAACUUGAUAUCCGGAGAGAUUCCGGAGACUCUUGGCCAGCUCCGAGGACUCCAAACUCUAGAUCUUAGCUUCAACCAGAUCACCGGAAGCAUUCCCUGGUCCAUCGGAACCGUACCGACGUUGUCCAACGUUAUUCUCUCUCACAAUAGUCUCUCCGGUUCGGUUCCGCCGUUUGUUUCCCAGUCCCUAACCCGGCUAGACCUCAAGAACAACAAUCUAUCCGGUUUGCUCUCUCCGGUUUCACUCCCUCCCUCACUCCAAUAUCUCUCUCUGUCUUCAAAUCGACUAGCCGGUCCAGUGGACCGACUAUUAUCCCGGCUAAACCGGCUAAACUUUCUCGACCUUAGCGUGAACCAAUUCUCCGGCUGCAUUCCGAGCAAUAUAUUCACAUUUCCAAUCACAAGCCUCCAACUACAAAGAAACCAAUUUUCCGGUCCGGUUCAACCAGUAGAUGAGGUGACAAUUACCAGCGUUGAUCUAAGCUUCAACCGGCUUUUUGGCCAAAUAUCUCCCAAGCUCUCAACGGUUCAGAAUUUGUAUCUGAAUAAUAACCGGUUCACAGGCCCGGUUCCCAGCAACUUCGUGGAACGGCUAUCAGCAGGGAGUAUACAGACACUGUAUUUGCAGCAUAAUUUUUUGACCGGGAUCCAAAUUAAUCCAACGGUUGAGAUUCCUCUUAGCAGUUCAUUGUGUCUACAGUAUAAUUGUAUGGUUCCGCCCGUAGAUGCGCCUUGCCCUGUGAAUGCUGGGACCCAGAAAACAAGGCCCUCUACACAAUGCAUAGAGUGGGAAGGGUAA